GUAUUCAAAUUCAUUAUAUGAGCAAAGGCUGUGACAAUACAAAAUACGAUAGGACAAUGCUGCUCUUGUUGCACGGCUUCUUAGAUUUUUGGUAUAUAUGGAACCACCAGAUACCAGAACUCGGCGAGGAAUUCUGCGUUGUAGUCCCUGAUUUGCGUGGUUAUGGAGACACUACUAAACCAGCAAAUACAUCUACUUAUUUAAUGAAACAUUUGGUUGAAGAUGUCAGACUGUUGAUUGAUAAACUAAACUCCGAUAAGCAGAGGAAGGUUGUCCUCAUCGGACAUGACUGGGGCGGCAUGAUUGGCUUUGUGUUUGCAACAUUAAAUGAGAAGAUGAUUGAAGGUUUGAUAAUAAUCAACGGGAUGCACCCACUGGCUUUCGCAAGAAGGCUUCUGGAAAGCGUGACGCAGAUGAAAAUGUCUUGGUAUUUCCUUCCAUUCCGCCACGAGGACGUCCCCGAGAAGUACCUGAUCAUGAGAGACUUCACGUUCUUUGAUAAAGUGCACAGGGGUUUUACACCAGAUGAAGAAAACUCUCACAAAUACAUGUUUUCACAGAAUGGUUCUCUGACUGGUGCCUUGAGCUAUUACCGUGCCUUCAACGAGGACAGUGACCAGCUAAAGAAGUUUGAUUACCGCAAGAUCAACGUGAGCGCACUGAUACUUUGGGCAGAAGAAGACGCCUUUCUUACAACUCCAAUUGCCACUUACAAUCAAGUGUGGCUCAAAAGUUCGAAGAUCGUCUAUUAUGCAAAAGCAGGUCACUGGGUUCUCAGAGAAUGCUCCAAGGAGGUUACCGAAAGGAUCAGCACGUUUGUGAAAAGUAUAGGUGGAACGUCGAAACCGUCUUCAAAUUAUGCGGUAAAAGAAAGGACCAGUAAUGACUUAUGUGAGGAAUCAAACACCCCAAGAAAAAGUUGGAUAUCAACUGUUUUUGCAUGGCUUCCCAGGAACGUGAGCAUUCCUACUUUGGUGGCUGAAUAAAAUG